GCAGGCGCGCGACGAGGCAGAUUUCCCGCGGCUGUCCAAGGAGAACAGUGACCUGCAGUGGGCGCUCGCCGACUCCAUCGCUCAGCGGCGUGGCCUCGGCGGCGCUUCGCGCAGCUCGGCGGAGGUGGCGCAGCGGCUCCAGGACGCGGAGGCGAGGGCCGCCGGCGCCGAGCGGGCCCUGGCGUUGCACUCCGUGCGCGAGGCGGCCGCCUCGGAGGAGGACGAGGUGCUCAUGGGGCGCCUGGAGAGCAGCGCCGCCAUGGCCGCGCAGCUUACUGCGUGCCUUGCCGAAGCGGAGAGGGAAUUGCAGGAGCUGACCGACAGGGCCGACAGGCUGCGCGCCGAGCUGGGCGCGGACGGCGGCGGUGCCCCAGGCGCCGCGGCGGAGCUCGCGCUGGGCCCGCCCUCUGUGCCGGACAUCGCAGCCGAGGCCGCGCCGCAGUCGCUCCAUCUGGCGGUGGGCGCUGAGGCCUCGUCGGGCUCCGAGGCUGUGUCGGGCUCGACCUCCCUGCACGCCGCGGCCGAGGCCGCGCCAGGCCCACCCUCGCUGCCCGACGCCGCAGCCGAGGCUGCGUCAGGCCCGUCCUCGCUGCUCGACAACGCGGCGGAGGCUGUGCCGAGCCCGCCCUCUGCGCCAGACGCCGCGGGUGAGGCCGCGCCGGGCUCGCCCUCGGCGCCAGGUUCCGCGGCCGAGGCUGCGCCAGGCUCGCCCGCUCUGCCGGACGCCGCGGCCGAGACUGCGCCAGGCGCGCUCGCUCUGCCCGACGCCGCGGCCGAUGCUGCGCAGGGCGCGUCCGCUGUGCCCAACGCCAUGGCCGAGGCUGCGCCAGGCUCGCCCGCUGUGCCCGACACCGCGGCCGCGGCUGCACCAGGCUCGCCCGCUCUGCCCGACGCCGCGGCCGAGGCUGCGCCGGGCGCGCCCGCUGUGCCCGACGCCACAGCCGAUGCUGCGCCGGGCGCGCCCGCUGUGCCCAACGCCGUGGCCGAGGCUGCGCCAGGCUCGCCCGCUCUGCCCGACACCGCGGCCGAGGCUGCGCCGGGCUCUCCCGCUUUGCCCAACGCCGCUGCCGAGGCUGCCUUGUGUUUGCCCACCGCGCCAGAAGCCACGGCCGAGGCCUCACCAGGCUCGCCUGCGGCGCAAGACACCGCGGCUGAGGCUGCCUUGGGCUCGCCCUCGGCGCUUGACGCCGCGGCCGAGGCUGCGCAGGGCUCGCCUUCGGCGCUGGACGCCACGGCCGAGGCUGCGCCAGGCUCGCCCUCGACGCUGGAGGCCGCGGCCGAGGCUGCGCCAGGCUCGCCCUCGGCGCCAGACGCCGCGGCCGAGGCUGCGCUGGGUCCGCCCUUGGCGUCAGACGCCGCGGCCGAGGCUGCACCGGGAUCGCUGCCCUCUGCGCUGGACGCCGCGGCUGAGGCCGUGCAGGGCUCGCCGUCGGCGCUGGCUGCCGCGGCCGAGGCCGUGCCCGCCGCCUCUGGCGGAGCCCAGCCCGUGGCGUUUUGCCCCCCGUCGCGGGGACUGGUGGCUGCGCCUGGCGGCGACGAUCGUCCUCCUGCGGAAUCUGUGGACGCAGGCGGAGGCUGAUCGGAGUCCACGGGUGCCUGGGCCAUGCUGUCCGCGGCCUCGUCCAGUCCGCCUGGCAAAAGGAUUCGUUUCGUCCUUCUGCGGCAUCCCUUCAGUCGCUUCCAUUUCUUUUGCUCUCUGCUGGGUCCUGCGAUCUUGUCCCUCCUGGCAGGUGGUC